AUGGGGAAGAGGAUACACGGAGGAGGAGGCCAGGCGAAGCGGUUCAAAAGCGGCGUGCUGAUCGAGCCAGGCCAAGUUGGCAUCUACGCCUCGUGCAACAGGCACAAAGAGGGAGCUGCGGCCAAAGAGCUGAAGCAGCUGCUCAACGAUAGAUGGAAGGAGUAUUUCCCGGUGGAGCAGGAGACUGACGAGGAGAAUGAGAAGGAGGAAGAGUCUGUGGAAGACGCAAUCAAGCGCGAAAUUGAUGAGAUGAACAAGCAGAACCAGGACGCGAAAAACAAGGAGAUCGUCAAGGAGAUGAGCAUCAACUGUGACUCGUUGAUCUUCAUCAAGACCAGAAGGCCAAUUGUGCCCUCUAAAUUCGUGACGCAAGUUUGCAGCGAGCUGUUUGACUCGAAGGCGAAGAACACGCGGUUUUUGCAGAAAUUGACGCCGAUCGAUGUCUCGUGCAACGCAACAGAGACGGAGUUUCGCAAGCUGGCCGAAAAAGCGUUUCAGGGCCAUUUUGACAACGACGAGUCGUACUCUUUGAACCUGAUCAAGCGAAAUUUCAGCAUCAUUGACAGAGACACGUUCACCUCGGUUGUGGCCGAGCUUCUGCCCGGCCAUCGCCUCAACUACCGCACACCAGACAGAUUGAUCAACAUUUUCUGCUUCAAAAAUAACAUCGGCAUGAGCGUGGUGAACUUCAAGGACUACGACAGACUGUGCAAAUUCAACCUGCAGCAGAUCUUUGACCGAGUAAACGGACUGGACGGCAGAGAAGCAAACGAGGGGGCAGAGCGCGAGGCAGGAGCCGAAUGA